AUGACUGGUAAAGGGAAGCACGCUCCCAUUUUCGAGGCUUCUGGCAUUUCAGGAUGGUCCUUGAUGAAGCAGUGCCUCUCAUAUCCUUCUCCGUCGACAUUCUAUCGGGUUACAGGCUUGUGCAAUCGCCAUAUUGAAAAGAAAACCUUGAUGCUACCCAAUGAUACUCGCCUCAACAUCGUUUCUGGCAUCGACCUUACAGGAUCAGUCGAGAUAGUCAUGGAGCAGCUGAAGACCAAGGUGGAAGACAUCAUGUUGGUUGAUAUUGUUUUCUUUUGCGCCUAUAUCCAAGCCUCCGAUUACGCAUCACUGCGAAAGAUCAACACGGACCUGCUCCGUACAGCAAUCCAGGCCACCAGCGCCGUGGCGCCGAACCUUGAGGUAGUUAUUCUUCAAACUGGUGGCAAAGGUUAUGGAUUAGAAUUCCAAGACAAGAUUCGAGGUUCAAAGUGGACAUUCUCCGAAAUUCGGCCUGACGGAAUUGUCGGAUUUCCCCCUAGCUCCAAUGCCAUGAAUAUGGCGCACGGCAUAGCAUUCUAUCUGACCCUCUAUCGAGAGGUCCAUGGCGCCAGGGCUUCUGAUAUCCUGUCGCAGCUGGAGAUCUACGUUGCCCUGCAUCGGGAGAAGUGCGUUAAUGGGUCAUCUUUCAAUGCUGCGGAUGGGCAGACUGUGAGCUGGGCUCAGAUUUGGCCCGGUCUCUGUGCGUAUUUCGGCCUUGUUGGCUGUGAGCCGCAGAACGGCUCUCAGACAAGUAUGGAGGACUUUGUCAAUGGGCACAUGGAUCAAUGGAAGCGUCUUGCUGAGGUCCAUGGGUUGAAGAGCGACACCGUGGAGAACCAGAACUGGGGCCAUACGCACUUUAUGCUCGUCGAUUUUGACUUCAAUAGGGAGUAUUCAUUGGAGAAAGCUAGGUCUAUUGGGUUUACAGAGAGUACUGACACAGUAGAGGGCUAUAAGAUCGUUUUUGAUCGGAUGGUUACUGCCAAACUGAUCCCGGCUUUUCGUUGA